AAAUCCCUAGAAACGAAAACAACUUUCCGGCGAAUUCCCUCGUUUUCUCUCCACUGACCUGCGAUUUUUCGGCGGAAUCUUUCGUAAGUUUAAAUUUUUUUCAUUUUCUCGAGAAAAUUAAUUAGAAAGAAAGAAAACAGGAGGAUGUUUUUGGUUGAUUGGUUCUACGGAAUUCUUGCAUCGCUGGGUCUGUGGCAAAAGGAAGCGAAGAUCUUGUUUCUAGGGCUAGAUAAUGCCGGAAAGACCACCUUGCUUCACAUGUUGAAGGACGAGAGAUUAGUUCAGCACCAGCCGACACAGUACCCAACGUCCGAAGAGCUGUGCAUAGGGAAAAUCAAGUUCAAAGCCUUUGAUUUGGGUGGUCACCAGAUCGCUCGCAGAGUUUGGAAGGACUAUUACGCCAAGGUUGAUGCUGUGGUGUACCUAGUUGACGCCUUCGACAAGGAGAGAUUUGCGGAGGCAAAAAAGGAGCUUGACGCCCUCCUGUCCGAUGAGUCACUGGCCAAUGUCCCAUUCCUCAUCUUAGGGAACAAGAUUGACUUGCCUUAUGCAUCCUCGGAAGAUGAAUUGCGUUACCACAUGGGCCUCACCAACUUCACCACUGGCAAGGGGAAAGUCUAUCUGGCUGACACCAAUGUCCGACCCCUCGAGGUCUUCAUGUGCAGCAUUGUCCGCAAGAUGGGUUAUGGUGAAGGCUUUAGGUGGCUCUCUCAGUACAUCAAGUAGGCAAAUGAAUGCACGAAUGAGCCAGUUGUGCCCAGCAGAGCUCGGGCCAAUCCAUAUGGUAAUUCUCCUCAAACCCAUGUUUGAGAGCAUAGUAUGUCAUGUAAAGUGAAUAUGUUAUAGCUUUUAAGGUUUUGAUUUUGUUUGUAGCUUGGAAAUCUAGAGCGUUUUCUAGUUUUGAGUUGGACUUUCAUUAUGGUUUUGGUUACUGAUAGAUAAAAAAGUUGUGCUUGUCUUCUGAUUCUGUAUAUAUAUAUAUAUUUUUUUUUU